AUGGCAUAUGGCAUCACCUUGUGGGGUGGUGCCUCUGAGGUAAAAGAUAUACUGCUGGUGCAGAAGAAGGCCAUCCGGAUUCUUUGUGGGACAGAAUUUUUAACGCAUUGUAAGCCUCUUUUUGUGAGUGAAAAGAUUCUCACUGUAUUCAAUUUUUACAUUUACAGGUCAGCUAUAAAGGCAUUCCACAGUGUCUGUACUUUGCCUACCAGGGGUGAUGUGCAUGAUCAUGGCACCAGAGGCAGGCUGAGGCUGGACCUGCCAUAUUGUAGAUUGGGGAGGACCCAGAGCAGCCUCAUCUACCAGCCAGCUGAAAUUUUGAACAAGCUGCCAGUUUCAGCCAGGACUCUGCCAGAGACAGUCUUGAAGAGGAGACUGAGGGCUUUCCCUCAGGAGAACCCCUUUUAUUCUAUGAGGGAGUUUUAUGAUUGUGAUCCUCAGACUGUCUGCUAUAACGACACCUCCUCGUGGCCUGGAUUCAUUGCCUACCAGAAGAGUCUUUCAUCAGCAUGACACCAGAAACAGACUGAACCUUCCUCAUUGUAGAAUGGGGAGGACUCAGCUUGGCCUACCAGCCAGUCAACAUCCUUAACAAGCUGCCUGUUCUGUUCUGCUAGCUGCCUACCUGAGGCAAUCCUGAGAAGACUGAGGAUAAUAUUACUACAGGAGAAUCCCUUCUACUCUUUGAAGGAUUUUUGAGAGUGAAACAGUAUAACCAUAGCUACUCUUCUCCAUAGUCACUUGCCUGCUGCUUGGUUAUAAUGACAGGAAUGUGUGAAAACGUGUAUUACUACUUGUUUGUUUCUGACUGUCUUUGUGUGGACUUGCCUGUUGGAUUUUAAUUUCUCUUGAAUUUGUUCCCAUAUGGACAUGCCCUGGUGAAACUUCACAAGCAUAUUCUAUCAUGAGUUAUUAUUUACUGAAAAUUGAAGAUAAGAUUCUGUGCUAAACCUAAAAUAAUUCAAGAUAAGUACAAUAUUCUAUUGUUAUUUAUUUACGAUACGCGUACAAAUGACACUAAUGUAAUAAACUUGGGCAGAUAAAAUAAUGAGGUAGUCCUUAUACAGUUUUUCAUCAUAUCGGGUUAUGGGAAUUUACCAGUUUUUAUAUGGGUAUAAGUAGACUGUACAUUCAAAAAUGAAUUAUUCCAUUUUUUGAACAAAUUUGACUCAUGAUAAUUUUGCAUAUAGAUUCUUAACUGACCGUGGAUGGUUAUAGGCCUAUUUUCAAUUAUUC